CCAUACAGUAAGAUACAGAAUGCGUGGGUUAGAUGUUAUGAUUAAAACAGGAAGUCAAAAUUUAUUCAGAUAAGUUACCUAUAUUUAUUUCGCAUGAAGAAUAAUAUACAUAUCUUUGUUAUUAAAACUUCGCUUGUAUUGAAACUAAACACCCAUUAGAAUGCAAACAAUUUAAAGUUAUUUUUAAACUUCAGUGAUGUAAUGAAUGAUAUUAGAGCGAGUUUGAAUUAUUAUUUUAAGUAUGUCGGAACAGGCAGUACGUUUAUGUGAUUUCUCAAUAAUUUACAUUACUACAAGUCUAUUAUUAUCCAUUGUGAGUGCUGAAAUGGAGUUCCGAUCUAUGGACCAUAGAGACCACAUGGACCAAUUUGAGCAAUUACCACAAAAUGACGACAAUGAGCAGUUUGAGCAGAACAAACACGCUAGACAAACACACGAAAUGCUGUCACAAGCUCUUGCGGAAGUGUCCCCACAUUUUGAAAGUUUAUGCAAUCAUUUGUCCCGUGGAUUGUAUUAUAGUCCAGACUUAUUGAUAGAUACUGAGUGGACAUCUGUUUAUGCUUGGAAUAAGGAGUCCGGAUAUAAGUGCACGCAAGCGGAGUUUGAAAUUCCUACAGAAGGGAAAGUGAGGAGUUACUUCGAGUCCCUGCAGUACCACGUGACGCCGCAGCCCGAGUGGGAGGCGGCGGCGCUGGUGCUCACCAUGCGGGUCCACAACAAGUCCACGGAGUCGCUACUGUUCACUGACAGAUUCGGCCCACCCGGUGCCUUCCAUAUGCUGCCGAAAUAUGCCAAUCGGAUUGUGGUUUUACUCCAAUCCAAAGGAAUAGAGCAUUUUCCGCUUGUCAACGUUAAUUUGCAAAUACUGCAGACCAGUGACCAAAACUGCAAAGAUCAGAAGUUUCUUUAUAUACUAUUCUGCAAAAUGGGUGCGAUGCUGUAUGCUGAAGUUGACGCUGAACGCCGAUGUCCAACCAGCGCUCUUGUGAACAAAGUGAUUCAACAUACUGUUCUACCAGAUGGCCGGUUUAUAUGUCCAAAUUACCUUCAUGUAGCUAUGCCUCAGAAAUUUCAGAAUCCACAUAUUGAUAAUCCUGAAUUCCACUGAUUUGGUUAAAAAUAAAUACAAUCAUAAAUAGUAAAGUUAUGUGUAUAAAAUAAAAAGGUGUUGAGAAAAGUU